GGGGCUUCCUCGUCACCGCCCAUCAGUAGCUGGUCAAGAGGUCUGGGUGUCCCCUAACGUGAUCCAGGUUCCCGAUCACGCAUAACGCGAUCCUGGGUUCCCGGCCCACAGCCGACUGCGGGUGGCUUGGCGCUGCAGAGGAUCGGGAGCGCGCGAGGUCUUACCCACGGCUGCAAGGAAGGUUUCCCUAGACCGAGGCGCGGAAACGGGGUGCCCCGGCCUCCCGCCCGCUGCCGCCCCAUUCUUUGCGGUAGCGAACGCCGUGCGCCCGGCGCGAUGGGUACCAACGAGGACCAGGAGAUGGAAUUAGAAGCUUUACGAUCUAUUUAUGAAGGAGAUGAAAGUUUCCGGGAAUUAAGUCCAGUUUCAUUUCAGUAUAGGAUAGGUGAAGACGGCGAUCCCAAAGCCUUCCUGAUAGAGAUUUCCUGGACGGAGACUUACCCACAAACGCCUCCGGUCAUAUCUAUGAACGCCUUUUUUAACAACACCAUCUCCUCGGCUGUAAAGCAGAGCAUCUUAGCCAAGCUGCAGGAAGCAGUAGAAGUGAACCUUGGCACGGCCAUGACCUACACGUUGUUCGAGUAUGCUAAGGACAAUAAAGAGCAGCUCAUGGAGAACCAUCAUCCUGCUAGUUCUACAACACCUGUAGUCAGUAUCAUCUCGGUUGAAACCCCCAGCACAGCCCCAUCAAGUAAGAAAAAAGACAAGAAAGAACAACUUUCCAAAGCUCAGAAACGCAAGCUGGCAGAUAAAACAGAUCACAAAGGGGAGCUCCCUCGAGGCUGGAACUGGGUCGACGUUGUGAAGCAUUUAAGCAAAACUGGCUCUAAAGAUGAUGAGUAACAAGCAUCUACAACCAAAGCAAGAGCAGCCUCUGCAAAGCGGCCCGGUUCAGCAUCUCUCCUGACUUUUUUUUUUUCUGGUAUUGAGUAUCUUUUUUACAGGACAUUGUUCUUUUGUGUGUGUCUUAAAAUAUAAGUGGAAAGUCCAUGAAGAGGUUUGGUUGUAGUAAAUUAUCUUCACAAACUUGCCUUAAUAAAAGGUCAAAGUAUAACUUGUUCAGAGUAAUUUCUGAAGCUGUUGAGAAUCAUUGCCAGUGGAUGGCUCCACAGAGUGAUGUCAGUGGUAACUUAACCAUCCGACACAAGCGAUAUGAUCAUUUUUAAAGGCCAAUAAAGCCACGUUUGAACUCUCAGUUCAGCAGAUCCCAGGUCCGAGUCUGGCAUUCAGCUGAGGCAUGACCCAUACUAAUAAGUGUCUUGCCUUGAGCCGUCACCUCCUUUUGCUUAGAUAAGAAAGCAUAAGUUGCUCCAGAGAAAUCUGAGAACUGGUGUUAGGCUUUAUGUGAUUUUCUUUGUAGUUCCUCUUUAUUUUCAAUAGUGAAUUGCUUCUCCUAAAUAAAUUGAUAAUUAUUUAUACUUUUCUCUUAGAGUGGAUGUAGGCGUGUGACCCUGAAAGGUUUCAAUUAUAUGAAUAAUAAAAGAGUAUAAGAAGAAAAUUGAGGGGCUGGGGAAUGGCUCAGUCAGUAAAGGGCUUGCUGCGCAAACCUGAGGACCUGAGUUCAGAUCCCCAACACCCACACAGAAAGCCAGGCAUGCACCUGAAACCCAGAGCCGGGGAGGCAGAGACAGGAGGAUCUCCAGUGCUUGCAGGGCUAACAGUCUGGCUGAAUCAUUGAGCUCCUGGUUCAGGAAGAGAGCAAUAAAGGAAGAUGUAAAAGAUACAUCUCUGGCCUCAACAGGCAAGCACAUGUGCAUACUCCCAUCUGCACACACGUACAAAUACCAGAUACACUUGCAUGUAUGACCGUACACCGAACAAAUCAAAAACAACAAAGUUGCCAAAUACUUUAGAAAGCAUUUGAAUAAGUGCUAGCUCUUACUUAAGAUAUUUCUCUUUGCUGCAUAGGUCAGGAUGAGAGUAUAAGAUGCCUUAAUAUUUAAUUUUUGUACUGUUGGAGACAGUGGUUUUAAUAAAUUCCUAAUAUUUGCUAUUGUGAUGUUUUGUUGUUGUUUGGUAAUAGGUCUUUCAGUGGAGUCAGCAUUAAACACACUUCAGAUCUGGGAGGGUGCUUGGUUUUGGGGGGGGGGUGUUCUUUGGUAGGUUUUUUUUGUUUGUUUUUUAUAGUGUCUUUUCAAGUAUCCAAAUGUGUUUCCUAAUCUCUGUGUCUCUUUGGUAAUAUAUAUCCAAUCUUUGACAUGCUGAACUAUUGUUAUAAAUGCUUGGUUUUUAAAAAUCAUUAGGAAAGGAAACUUGCUGUAGUUUUACUAGGAGAGUGAUUGGCGUGUGUGUGUGUGUGUGUGUGUGUGUGUGUUUUACAGUGAUUGUGUGUGCUUCCUCCUUGUUAGAACACCAAGCUAUACUGUGUAGUUUAUAUCAGGUUUUAAAGAACAAUCAACUUUUAGAGAAGUUACCUUAGCAUAAAAGCAGAUAGAUAUAUCUAUGGAUUUCACAAAGUUACCCCUUGGCUCUUGUUAAACUGUAUUGCUGUAAAGUAAGUGUAGUCACAGUGACAGAGUUUCUCAUGCCUGUGCCCGUCUUGUUUUCUAGAUGAAUAUUGGAGAUGCCUAAACUAUAACAGCUUUUCUUUUCAAGCUUCUGUUUGUGCAGUUUUUAUUGUCAUCUUGAUUUGAUUGAUUUUUUUUAAAGAAACAUCUUGUAAUAGAAAAAAAAGUAUUUUGUUCUGUUCUAAUGGUCAUUUCUCUGGUCAAAGUUGUUGUGGUUCUUAGAUUGCAAAGAAUAAUGCUAGUUAAAUGCCAAUGAACUAUUUUUACUCUUUUUCUAUGAAAUGUAUAGCUCUCUGGGGCAGACGGUGGCAAUGGUAUCCCUUGUUACCUUAUAAACACUUGAACAUUUGCAUCAAAAAUAAUGCUGAUCUGAUAAUGCUCCGAGUAUAUUUUCUCAAAGUCUGUUUACUUAAAAUUGUAUGAGAUGACAUGAUUAAUAAGCAAUAAAGUGAAUUAUAGUGA